UGUACAUCAGACUGGACAGACCUGACAGACGGAGAGCGACUUGUUAUAAAGUUUGCUCUGAUGAAUCUCAUCCACUUCAACAGGAAAUCGUCUGUAGGAGGUGAAACGUCGCUAUGAACGCGUUAGCAGUGGCUCUGAGUUUCCUGUUUCUAAUUGACGGUCAAAGCUUUUGCCAAAAUGGAACCAAACCUAACAUUGUGAUGGUGAUGAGUGAUGCAUUUGAUGGGCGAUUGACCUUUGACCCUGGCAGCAAAGUUGUACAGCUGCCCUAUGUAAACUACCUCAGGGAGCUUGGCUCUACCUUCCUCAAUGCCUACACCAAUUCUCCCAUCUGCUGCCCCUCAAGAGCAGCGAUGUGGAGCGGUCAGUUUGUCCACCUCACAAAGUCCUGGAACAACUUCAAGGGCCUGGAUGCAAAUGCUACCACGUGGAUGGAUGAACUGGAGGCGAAGGGAUAUCUCACCAAGGCGAUGGGCAAGCUGGACUAUACCUCAGGGAGCCAUUCUGUCAGUAAUCGAGUUGAGGCCUGGACACGAGAUGUUCAUUUCCUCCUGCGCCAAGAGGGCCGGCCGGUUACACAACUUGUUGGGAACAUGUCCACAGUGAGGAUUAUGAGAAAAGACUGGAAAAACACAGACAAGGCUGCGCAGUGGAUCCACCAAACAGCUGCAGCCUCGCACCAGCCUUUUGCUCUUUACCUUGGCCUCAAUUUACCUCACCCUUACCAAACCCAAUCCCUGGGGCCCACUGCAGGAGGAUCCACCUUCCGUUCCUCACCGUACUGGCUCAAAAAGGUGUCGUCUGAUCUCAUCACCGUUCCCAAAUGGCUGCCUACCGCUGCCAUGCACCCUGUUGAUUUCUACUCCACCUUCACCAAAAACUGCACUGGUGUUUUCACCGAGGACGAAGUCAAAAGCAUUCGGGCCUUCUAUUAUGCCAUGUGUGCUGAAGCCGAUGCCAUGCUGGGCCAUGUGAUAUCAGCCCUGAGAGAAACUGGGCUGCUCAACAACACUGUUGUGAUCUUUACGGCUGACCAUGGAGAGCUGGCCAUGGAGCACCGGCAGUUUUAUAAGAUGUCGAUGUAUGAGGGCAGUUCCCACGUUCCCCUGCUGAUCAUGGGGCCUGGCCUGAUGUCUGGCCUGCAGAUCAACCAGCUUGUGUCUUUGGUUGAUCUCUAUCCCACUGUGCUGGACAUUGCUGGUAUUUCACCUGGAGGUAACCUCAGUGGACACUCCCUCCUUCCUCUGCUGUCCAAGUCUAGUGGUUUAUUCAAAAAGCAACAUCCAGACUGGGUUCUGAGUGAAUACCAUGGCUGUAAUGUCAAUGCCUCCACAUACAUGCUGAGAAGUGGCAGGUGGAAAUACAUCACCUAUUCAGAUGGCCUGAGCGUCCCUCCCCAGCUUUUUGACCUUUCACUGGACAAGGAAGAGCUGCACAAUGUGGCUCACAAAUUCCCAGAGGUGAAGGUGCAUCUGGACAAGCUACUGCGCGGCAUCGUAGAUUACCCAGAAGUCUCGUCAGCUGUCCAUCUCUAUAAUAUCAAAUCAUUUGGGGCCUGGAGAGAGGAUCUGGGAGGAAAUUACAGCCAGGUCAUCGCUACUCUCAGAUGGCAUGUCGACUGGCAGAGAGAUGUGUUAGCCAAUGAGAGAGCUAUUGACAGGUGGAUUUCUGGCUUAUCAUGAUUAAUAACUUUAACAGUGUUAUGUGUUAAGUGUUACAGAGCUGUACUUUUAUUUUCACUUAAUAAAUAUUUUAUUAAAUUA